AUGACUCAAGAAAAUGAAAAAAUGAAUCCUUGUGAUAUAGAUGAAGUAGAAGUCAGUUCGGAUACAUCCGAAAAGGAGGCCAAAGAAUCCAAAACACACGGAUCAUUAGAGAACUUUGUGCCACAGAUAUACCGUGCUAAAUUCUUCGGAAAUACUUCCGUCUCUGAGCCUCGUGGUGACUUUAUUUGCGAAAGCUCACUUGGAUUACUUAAAACUCAGUUGCUUACAUCAAAAUUACACAAGAAAAGAAUUAGGAUACGUGUAGACACCAGUGGAAUUAGUGUUAUUGGUUCACGAAAUUCGACAUUACAUCAUGUGCAUAAAUUUGAAAAUAUUACAUUUAUUUGGACUGACCCCUGUGAUUUACAAUCAUGUGGAAUUAUAGUUAAACAACCAUUAAUUGGGGAUAAUGUUCAUCAAUUUUAUGGUUAUAAACUUUAUCAAAAUACACCGAAAUUGAUUGGUGUGUUAAAACACAUCUAUUCAAAUCUUGAGUUAUUACCGCCUAAUGAAGACAUACUGAGUAAAUCAGAACAUUCUACGGAUACCAGGAUUUUCGACACUACCGAGGAAAAUAAUCCUGAUUUGAUUCAGCUAAUAGAUAUUAGUGACAACACUGUCUCACCACACCAAAAAAAUACUGACAAUGAAAAUAUUCAAAAACAAUACCCAAGUAAUGGACACAACGUUCCGUACAAUAAAGAUGGUGAAAAAAACUGGAUAACUUUCGAUGAUCAUUUCGAAAAGCAAGGGAUUUGCUGGGAAAAUUCUACGCCCAAAAAUCUCAUGUCUCAAAAUCUUCAUAAUCAACCAUUUGGUAACAAUGAUCCACAUUUCUUCUCACAAAUCAAUAUGAAUAAUCAAAUGUCCAAACAUAAUUCUAGUCCAUUUAUGGAAAUGACUAAAUGUACAACACAAAACACUCCGUAUUUAAAGUCAUAUUCAACAACAGCUAAUAUUUGGUCAAAUAUACCACCUACUAUUCAAACCACUAAAAUAUCCCCAAUGGAUGAUAAUUUUUGUAGCUGGACAACAACACAGCAUAUCCAAACUAAGCCAAAUAAUGUGUAUACUAAUAAUAAAAAUGUUACGAAUAAUCCAUUUUAUAAUUUACCAGUUGGUGACACUCAUUUAAAUGUAAAACAAACUUCUCCACUUGAUACAAUAUUUGAUAUAAAAUUGUUUAACUGA